GUAACAACAUCAAGUACGUGCAAAGGUUAAACAAAUACCUGCCUGUGGAGGAGAAAUCCAACCAGUGGUUUGGUAUGACGGUCAAAAGUUCCGGGGAAAAUGGAGUCAUUGUGGCCUGCGCUCCGAGAUACGUCUACUUUUCGGAACUGUUGGACAAACAAGAGCCUGUUGGAGUUUGUUACCUGGCCAAAACCAGCACAACCAAGUACGAGAAGUACUCGCCCUGUUCAGCAGCCGUGGACCGGUCGGAUAUAAUUGACCAGUACCAUCGUCAAGGUUACUGCCAGGCCGGCCUCUCUGCGGUGUUCACAAGUGAUGGAAGGCGCUUGCUUAUCACGGCUCCAGGCAGCUGGUACUGGCAAGGCCAGUUGUUCAGCUACAGAACAGCUGAUGGUGGAAAGGUUUUUAACUCUACACCUGAAGGACGACCCGAAGAAGAUGACACGUACAUGGGAUAUGCUAGUGCCAUUGGAGAGUUUGAUGGAGACAGUAGUGAUGACUAUAUUGUUGGAACACCAAAGGGAGAGUACCAUCUAGGAAAGGUGGAUUUGUUCAGUCAGAAUUUGACAAAAUUAGGAACACUAGUCGGAGAGCAGAUUGGAGCAUACUUUGGGAGUUCUUUGGCAGUGGCAGACCUAAAUGGGGAUAGAAUGGAUGAUGUAAUUGUUGGGGCUCCAAUGUAUGCAAAUUUUGAAUCAUCUGAUACCUACGACACUGGAAGAGUGUACAUAUAUUACCAAACAAGCAAUAGAACAUUCCCAUCACGGACACGGGACAUACUUGAUGGGCAGUCCAGUCGUUCUCGAUUUGGUAUAGCAAUGAGUGGUCUUGGGGAUAUUAAUUUUGAUGGAUAUGAUGAUUUGUGUGUUGGAGCACCCUAUGCAGGUGAAGACAAGACAGGUGCAGUGUAUAUAUUCCAUGGAUCUAAAAAGGGUAUUAUAACAGAGGUUUCCCAGGUAAUCUAUGCCAAAGAUAUUGACACACCCCUGUCAACAUUUGGUAUUUCUGUUGCUGGAGGUUUGGACCAAGAUGGAAACACAUAUCCUGAUUUGCUAGUUGGGGCUUAUGGAUCAGAUAAAGCUGUCUUCCUAAGAACAAGACCUGUGGUUCGAGUUUUUGCAAGUUUGAAUCUACAGCCUGAAAUGAUCAACUUGGAUACAAAGUCAUGCUCCUUGGCCGAUGGGACCAGAGUACCUUGUCUGACAGUGUACACUUGUAUCGAAUUUGAUGGAAUUGCAGUUCCAGGAGAAUUAUUCUUUGACAUUGUUUGGGUUUUGGAUGCAAAGGAAAACAAUAGCAGUGGUCAAGAACAGAGGGCCUUUUAUACAAACAGCAUUAACAGAUUUACAGAAUCCAAGCUUCACAAACUACAGAAAAUGAACACAUUCUGCACAUCUUCUUAUGCUUAUGUCAAGAACGACCCUGGCGAUAAGCUAAACCCUAUUCGAGUCACAAUGGAGUUCAGAUUAAAUACUGAGGGUUCUUCACAACGAAAGCAGGAUUUACUGCCAAUCCUUGAUGCUUACAUUCCAACAGUUACAUCUUUUACAGCUCAUAUUCAGAAAGACUGUGGAGCAGAUAAUAUUUGUAUACCAGAUCUUGAUGUUUCUUCAUCUAUCAGGGUAUCAGCAGAGCACAUAAUUGGCAGCACAACAGCUCUGGAGAUUUUGAUGAUUGUAAUUAAUCGAGGUGAGGAUUCAUUCAACACAAAGCUAUGGAUCGAUCUGCCCCCUGGUGUAACAUACAACACAAUAACCAAUCAGAGGUCUAACAUUGCCAUCAGUUGUGACACCUUGAAAUCUGACAAUACCAAAGUGACCUGUGACCUGGGAAAUCCAAUGCAGAAGGAAUCUGAGUCGGAAUUUACCAUGGUGUUCACUCCAACAAAUGCGAAUAAUACAAAGGAUUGGCUUGUCUUCUCUUUGCAAGCCAACAGCACAAAUCCAGAACAAGCUGCAAACUAUGAUAACAACUUUGCUAGCAUUGAAAUUCCUGUGAUUGUUGUCCCAGAAAUAGCUUUGUUUGG